ACAAAACUUGUAUGAACUUGUAAUUUCCAAUUUCCAGUAUAUUUUUUAUUAUUUUUAUUAUGUCGUCUAUAAGACGUCGUGAAGACUGAACUGGAUGCUUUCGUUGCUUUCUCAUUUAUCAGUAUUUCAUUACAAGUUCCUGCCAUGGCAUGCUGUGCGUUCAACGGGCACGUAUCCGAAAUACCAAACAUAUCUGUCGACAACUUCACGAACAAAAAUGUGCAAGCUUACUUCCUCAGCCACACCCAUACGGACCACACACCGGGCUUGUAUGACUCCCGCAUCAUAGAAACAUUGAAGACGAAUGGUGCAGUAAUGUACAUGUCGGAGAUGUCGGCUGCUAUAGUCAAAUAUGAAGUUAAAUGUAGAUUGGGAAGUUAUGAUACUGAUGAGAUUGUUAAACGGAUAAGGAUUGUAGGAAUAGAAACAAUAGAAAUAUUGUUAAAAGCGGACCCCAAGCGACGCCAGAGAGAGACCAAGCUCUAUGUGACCGCUGUACCCGCAGCACACAGUAUUGGCUCCGUCAUGUUUCUGUUUAAGACUGACUUCACUACGGUACUAUACACAGGUGACUUCAGAAUAAGUGUAAAUGACGUUCCAAAAUUCAACCAACUCCACGACAAUGGCGUCCCCAUACCCAUAGACACGCUCUACGUCGACACAACUUUUUUAGACGACCGUUACACGACGUUCCCGAAGCGAAGCGUCAGUGUGGACGCAGCUUUACGCGAGAUAGAACGAUGGCUGAAAGAGAAGGGGAGAGUCGCUAUUAAGACCUCGGCUAAGUUUGGAUAUGAGUUUGUUUUUAAUGAGGUUUUUAAAAAGUUGGGCGUCAAGGUGUUUGUGGAGGAGGUAAGAUGGAAGGAGCUUUAUAGCCACCUCCACCACUUAGUCCCCGGGGUAACUAACGAUCAAUCACCUAUCCACCUUUGCUGGCCGAAGAACAGAAAAGACCACACAAAUUGCACCCCGGACCCCACCAACCACAAAUAUCUGAACAUUCACCUUUCUGCCCAAAAGUGGGCCCACUAUGACACAGAUGAUGACCCCAUAAGUAAAGUAUCAGAAAACGAAAUUGAUGUGUGCUUUAGUACGCAUUGCAGUAAGUCGGAGUUGAUGUAUUUUGUUCAUUAUUUUAAGCCGAAGAAAGUUGUGGGGUUUCCUAAUGAGUUUGGGAGUCCGGUUAAGGAUGUGGUUUUGCCGAAGAAAGCUAAGUUUGAGGAUGGGAAGUUGGAUAAAAAAGUUUUGAGAGAGAUUUUUGACAUUUGAACAUAGCAUUAAAAGAAAAAUGUGUUAUUAGGGUACCCAAAGGGUAAAAACGGGAACCCAUUACUAAGACUCCGCUGUCUGUCCGUCUGUCAGCAGGCUGUAUCUCAUCAACCUUGACAGCAAGACAGUUGAAAUUUUCACAGUCCUCGGCUCGCACUUGGCCGGUUUUUACGGUUCCGUACCCAAAGGGUAAAAACGGGACCCUAUUACUAAGACUCCGCUGUCCGUCUGUCUGUCACCAGGCUGUAUCUCAUAAACCGUGAUAGCUAGACAGUUGAAAUCUUCACUUCUUCUUUUGGUGCCAUGCCCAUCUAAUGGGCGUCGGCGGUCAGCAUGGCAUUCAGCUUCCUGGUCUUUGCUAAUCUCUUGAGAGUGGCUGCGUCUGAAAUUUUCACAGAUGAUGUAUUUCUGUUGCCGCUAUAACAACAAAUACUAAAAAGUACGGAACCUUCGGUGGGCGAGUGCGACUCGCACUUGUCCGGUUUUUUUAUUGUCCUAUGUGGGAAUUGUCAAAAACGUGUUUAUAUGUAUUGUAUUAUGUAAUGUAAUGUAUUGAAAUUUAAUUUGAAUUAUUGUGUAAUUGCAUAUUGAAAUCUAAAUUGACUUUAUUGUGUAUUGUAUAAGGGAUUGUAUUAUAAGUGUGUACUAAUAUUUUUUUCACCUCAGCAGCUCGAACAAAAGCCUACUUUCCUCACUCCAGGGAGUGAAACAUAGUAGCUUUUUAAUUUAGUGAAGGCCAUGAACUGCCACUUCAUACUCUUAUAACGUUUUUUUUUGUAUUAUUCUGUGUAAUUCGAAAUACAUUUUAACCUUUAAUAUGUUCUCACUACUGAGGUGAAAAGUUAUGUGUGCAACACGAGAGCAAAGUUAUUUUACAUCUCGUGUUUUUGAGUCCCUCGCUACGCUCAAGAUUCUGACUUAGGAUCACUCACUUCGCUCGUGAUUCUAUUAUAGAAUCUUUCGCUUUCUCGGGACUCAAUAUAAACACUCGCAAGAAAAACCAACUUUCCUCUCUUGUUGCACAAAUAACUAUUGUUCGACUUUGAACAUUAUUUUAUUUGUUUAGUGCAUUUUUGUUUACUUGUUUUUUUUUUCUCAUAACAAUUGUGGU